AUGGCCAGGCUCUGCCUGAGCUUGCUGCUCCUGGUGGCCGUUGUGGCCCUUGUGUCCAGAGGCGUCCACACCUGGGGCUCGCCAAAGGUGGUGCGAGAAUUCCAAGACAUCCCAGAAUCCUACGUGUACGUGCAGCAGGCGCUGUGGUUCGCCAUGAAAAAGUACAACCAGGCCAGCAGAGACAAGUACAGCUACAAGGUGGUGAAGGUUCUCAAAUCCCAGGAGCAGGUCACAGAUAGUUUGGACUACUUUCUUGAAGUCAAAAUUGCCCGAACAAUGUGCAAGAAAAUUGCAGGAGAAAGUGAAAACUGCUUAUUGCAACAGGAUCCCAAAAUGCAAAAGAUGUUUCUUUGCACCUUUAUUGUUGCAUCAAAACCCUGGAAAUUUGAACUCAAUAUGCUGAAGAAACAUUGCAAAGAUGUCUAA